AGAUCUCUGAGACUCAACAAAGGUGGCCCUGGGAGGUCUCAGGACAUGAUGCUGUUCUCCAUGGCCCUCCCCAGCAUGUCCUGGAUGCUACUGUCCUGCCUGAUGCUUCUAUUUCAGGUGCAAGGUGAAGACUCUGAGAAGGAACUUCAUUCUCCACGAAUCACAUGUCCUGCAGGCGCCAAUGCCUAUGGUUCCCACUGCUAUGCCUUGUUUAUGACACCAAAAUCCUGGAUAGAAGCAGAUAUUGCCUGCCAGAAGCGACCCUCAGGAAACCUUGCAUCUAUUCUCACUGGGGCUGAGGCAUACUUCGUGGCCUCUAUUAUCAAGAGCAAUGUGAACGUCAACUCAAAUGUCUGGAUUGGGCUCAAUGACCCCACACAGGGCUAUGAACCCGAUGCAAGUGGCUGGCAGUGGAGUAGUAAUGAUAUUAUGAAUUACUUUGCCUGGGAGAGCGAUCCAUCCACGGUCUCAAACCCCGGCUACUGUGGGAGCCUGUCACGAAGCUCAGGUUUUCUGUCAUGGAAAGAUUAUAACUGUUACAAGAAGUUACCCUAUGUCUGCAAGUUCAAGAACUAACUCAGGUGGGUGUCAACAGCCUGAGUUUCACAUACAGAGUUCAUCAUGGAUUUGAGACCAAGUGAGAAGACCCACCCAGGAAGAUAAUAUCCUACAUGCCAAACCUGACCAUGUCAUUCUGACCUUUCCACCUCCUCACCCUCAUUUCAGGCUCCUCUCUGCAUUACAUAACCUGAGUUUUCAAAGAACAAUAAUAAAAAAUUU